GGGUACGCGGUUAAGGGUUACGGUUCGCCGGUACCGAGUAUCACGGUCUACGGCUACCGUAGCCGCGAACACGCAAGAAGACUCGAGUGAAAGAGGCGGACAAGAAGAGGAAGAGGGAGCUGGCGAUGGUGGCAAAGGUGGUGGAGCAGCGGGUCGAGCGUACGAACAGGUGUAUUUCUACAGCCUCUAAAGAGAUAUAAGGCAUUGCUCGGAGCUACGAAACUUCAGUUUGCUCAAAGGUGCUCGCUCGGGUAGAAAGUUGCAAAAUCGGGUGCAACGCGGUCCUUACGGCCUCUCUCUCUCUCUCUCUCUCCCUCCCUCCCUCCCUGUCCUCCUAUUUUUUCUUCCUUUUUUAUUUCAUUUAUUCGCACAAACUCGUUCCUACUUGUUUCGUUUCUCUCAUUCCCCCGUUCCUCGAUCAAAAUUCUAUAUCGACCGUCGAUGGUGCGAAGUUUGAUUUAGGCGUAGUCGCGAUCUCGUUUAGGUUACCACGAUCGGCCAUUGGGGCGCCCAGUCUAAAACAGGCAGCCUGAUUCCAAAAGCGACGCAUCGGCCAAGAAACAUGGCACAGAUGGCACGAACGAUCUACGAUGGUUAUCGGGACCUGAUGGACAACAGGAGCGACCCGAGGGUCAACGAUUGGGCGAUGAUGAGCGGUCCCUUCCCCACCCUCUUCAUUUGUCUAUUUUACGCUUACUUCGUGAAGGUACUCGGGCCAAGGUUUAUGGAAAAUCGCAAGCCUUUCGACCUUAGAAACGUCAUGAUACUCUACAAUCUCUUCCAAGUGAUCUUUUCCUCUUGGCUGUUUUACGAGUGUUUGGCGUCCGGUUGGUGGGGAGUCUACUCGUUCAGAUGUCAACCGGUAGAUUACUCGGACGAUCCCAUGGCAUUGAGAAUGGCCCGUGGAUGUUGGUGGUACUACUUUUCCAAGUUCACCGAGUUCAUGGACACGAUCUUCUUUGUUCUGCGGAAGAAGAAUAACCACAUUUCGACGUUGCACGUGAUUCACCACGGAUGCAUGCCAAUGUCGGUCUGGUUCGGCGUCAAGUUCACGCCAGGCGGUCACAGCUCGUUCUUCGGCCUCUUGAACACGUUCGUGCACAUUGUGAUGUACUCCUAUUACCUCCUCGCCGCUCUCGGACCAAAGAUCCAGCCGUACCUAUGGUGGAAAAAGUAUUUGACGAGCCUGCAGAUGAUUCAAUUCGUUCUCGUCAUGAUUCACGCCUUCCAAUUGCUCUUCGUCGAUUGCAACUAUCCGAAAGCUUUCGUGUGGUUGAUCGGCGUGCACGCGAUCAUAUUUUACUUCUUGUUCCGUGACUUUUACAUCGAGGCUUACAAGAAGAGGAAAAGCACGAUAAGGAAGAGGCAGGAGGAAGCGAGGAAGAAGGAAGAAGAGAGGAGCGGCGACGAGUCCGUGCGAGAUCGUCUCAAGGAGAACGAUCUUAUUUACGCUAAUCAAUACAAAAUGGCGACCGGGUAUAUCUCGGACGAGGGUCUAAGAAAUCGCGUUUUCAUCGACAACCGAGGAUUGUCCGAGGAAUGAGUACGACCGCGAACGCGAUGCGAACGCUGAUCGCCUUUGUAAUCGAGACUCGCGUCGACGGAAUCCUCCUUGGAGAGGGUAGCGCAUAGAAGGGACUUCUUCUCGUCGCGGUGCGCGUGUGCGUGUGCGUGUGCGUGUGCGUGUGCGUGCAACGAACGAAUGGGAGAGAGAGAGAGAGAGAGAACGCGUCGAGCCAAGGCUCCUCGCUCGACGCAUGAAAACCUGUAUUCCCCGGAACGUCCUCCCGUCGAGAACCCUCGGGAAAGGUUCGGCUCGAUGCGUCGUCCGUCCGCGACGAUCCAUCGCCUCGAGUGCCAACAAUCCGUAGCUUCGUCUUUUCUUGCGUUGGCCGAGGACGACGCAACGAGGCGAAGCCAGCCCCGCUUCCUCGACGGAGGAGAAGAGAGAAAGAAGCGAUAUCGAAGGAAUAAAGGGAAUAAAAGGAGUUGGACGAAAGAUGUUUCUUUCAUCGCGCGAAUCGAUGCGACUGGACGGCAUUGAUCUCGAGACGAGACAAAGCGAUCGUCGUUGAUCCUUUUAGCGAUUAAAACGAGUCAUUUUGUAAUACGUAACGAUAGGUACAUUUGUACACGCGUCAACGAAAUAUAGGACGUAUUUAUUUCAAUACGAA